AUGCCUCUCGCCAAUCGACACACGACAAGCUCUGAAAACACCUCCGAUCAUCGUGAUGAUGACAACGACGAUGAAUUCGAGCGGUUGUUGCUUGAUGACAUCACUCCUUCUCAACAUCAUCAUCACUUGAAGUCUGAAACCAAUCCUUCUUCAAGAUUACAUCAUUUAAGAAAUAGUUGUUAUCCUCCUUCUCCGAAUCGAACCACAACAACAAGAGCAUCCUCUGUCAGGACAAGCUUGCGUCAUGAUCGUUGUCAUGAUCGCCAUCAACAUCUUGAAAAUGACAAUGAAGAGUCCACUUGUGUGUUUUUACAACAACAACAACAGCACUCGUCGAAUCAAAAAGAAAAGCAUCAGCAGUAUGAUGAUGACCAUGACGACCACUCUUUUGACAAGUUCAAGAUCUUGUUGUCUCAUCACAUGUUUUGUUGUUGUGAUUUCAUCCCAUCGUCCUUGUUGUUUCAAAGAUUGCAUCGAGCUUUCAAAAGAAAGAGGACUAGUUGUUGUUCUUUGCAAAGAAAUAUCGAUUCGGAAAACAAAUUCAUUUCCUUGCUGCUAUUGGGCAUUCUCACAUUAGUUGCGAUUGUCUUUUUGUGUUUGGGAUUUUUGGUGGCAUUGAGUGUGAGUGGACAUUUGAGUUUUGGAAAAGUGAACUAUACCGUGUGGCAAUCCUCUAAUUAUUUAAUUCAUAAUGGAUCUUCUUCUCAUCAUCGAUCUCAUCGAACGAAAUCGGUGAAAGAUUGGCCUCAUGAAGCUCGAGCUCUCAAAGAAUGGUUAUUGCAAAAUUGGAAACUUAUUUUGGAAACUCCUCAAUAUGGAAAGUUGAACGAAUCUCAAUUGGAUUUAAUUGUGUUUCGAAUGGAUUAUUCAAGUUUUCUUAAACCGGUUCAAUUGAAUUCAGAAACGAUUGCAAAAUCGCUCGAACAACUUCAAAUGAAUUUACCAGAACUAUCCUUUCGAAUUCAUGUCGUCGAUUCGGCCAUUUCCGAUCACCUUAGCCAAACAUUGAGCCAUUUACUGGAAUCGUAUGGAAAUUCAUGGCUCAUGGCCAUCACUCAUGAGGACAUUCCAUUGUUUAUUCCUUCGAUUUUUUAUCCACUGAAUAGUCUCAUUUCACAUCAAGUGUUAACUUUAAUCAUGUACAAUAGAUAUCAAGUCGAGCCCAUGUCUCAAACAAGAAUUCCCAAAUCAUUUAAGGAACGAUUCGAAAUGAGUACAAAUUUUUGGUUUGAACUCAUUGAAAACGAAAUUUAUGAAUUGGAGAAAGUUUCGACACAUUUGGUGCGACUCGAGCAAUAUUCACAACAAGUGAAGAAUAUGCUUUCACAUGAUUCGAAUGCACAAUCGUAUCGCCAAAUUAUGGAACUACUUAGCCAUAAAAUGCUGAACGCAGAAGGUAAAUGUACUGCCAUGGCAUUGGCAUUACCAAAAAAGGUAAAAGAACAAGACCCUUCUCUAGAUUAUUCAAAAUUUUUACAACGUCAUAAGGGAAUAUUUGCUCCAUUGAUACCACUCUUCAUUACCAAUGAUCAAACCAUGUAUUUUCGAGGAGAUUUAAUCUUUAAGAAAGUCGUUUAUUUGGAAAAUUCGGAAUUUAUGGACUUGAUUGCAAAAUAUUAUUGCUAUCAAUUUUAUCGAAUGCCGAAAAAGGACCGUGAGGAUCAACAUGCGAUUACCAAUAUCGAUGUUGAUAAAGGAGAGACCACCAUUGAGACAAGUGAUGGAAUGAAACACAUGGUCGAAUUGUUCACCUAUCGACCUUUGAAAAAAACGCCAAAAAUCAUUCACUUGGCCAUUCAACUCGGAGGAAAUCAUCCCAAUGCUCGACACAAUUUAAAUUUAGAUUCGUACGCCAUGAAAUUGGCUCAAUAUCUUUCAGAAAUUGUCUCUUCCUUCAAAGUGACUGUGAUUUAUUGUGGAAAAAACUCGAAACUCUUUCGAUAUUUACAAUCGUUUUCACAUCAAGUCCAUAAGGUCAUACAAGUCACAUCAAAGAAAGACUAUGAAACACUUCUCAAAGAAGAUUCCAUUUCCAUGGUCCAUGCUUUUUACUCUCUGUAUGGAAUUAAGAUUUGCCACAAGUUGAACAUUCCAUUCAUUCAAACACUCAACACUCCCUAUCAAUUUCUCUUUGAUGAUCCAAAACGAUUGAAACAAUUCCGUAGAAUGGACCCAUUCACCUCUCUCUAUAUUGCCAUGUCGGGUGAUGUCGCUCAAUUCUCAGACUUGUCACUUGGAUUGAAUAUUGGAAAAAUGUUGAUCUUAAGGCAGGGACUCGAACCUCAGCCUCUCGAGAAUUGUCAACGAUUUUCUUAUCUAUUGCCGACUGAGCGCAAACACGUGUGGAAUCAAUGGGUGGAACCUCUCACGAAACAACACAUGCUUCAUGAACUCGAUCGAGUGGUGGUGCUCACUCAAGUCGAUACUCAUGUGACACCUGCUUCGGGACAUCAUUUAUCGAUCCGAGCUUUGGUAGAGUUGAAAAAGAGACUCCGUGAGGAUCCAUUGCAAUUUCUUAAUGUACAUCCAGUGUUGUUAUUGGUGGGAGAAUUUCAGGAUCCUCAGUGGCGUUCACAUUUACAAGAAUUAGUGAAACAGAAUGAUCUUUCGAAAGAAGUCUUUUUUUUGGAGGAUCGUUCCACCAUUCAAAAAUUAUAUUGUCAUCUCUUUGCGAUGAGUGAUGUCAUGUUGCAUCCAAAUCUAUUGGAAGGAUGGUCCUCUUUCGUUGCACAAAGUGUUUACAUGAAGAAAGAUUUAGUGUCGACAGUGAUGGGAGGAUCUUUGGAAAUUAUUUCACAGUUUAAGGGUUUGACAACGAUUGAAAAAUUUGUCGAUCCACCUCAUCCCAUUCUCAUGAGUUUAUUGAACACCAAUGAGAAUCAACCUCUGCUGUCAGAUGUCAAAAGUGAAGAUGCAAAGACUCCAUCCAUGCUUGAAAAAAUAUAUCCAGAAUUUUGUAAACAUUUUGCAGAGAUCAUUCACGAAGUCUUGUCGACUCGUAAGUCCAUUGGUCACAUGCCGUCGUAUGAUGAUCGGAGAAGUGAGGAUAUGUUUGUGUCGCAUUCACAUCGAGGAUAUAAAAGAUUAUAUGAAAUGAUUGAUACGUUUGGAAUUUCUGAAACGAAUAUUCCAUUUUUGAUUAAGAAAUUGUUUCGAAGAGGAUAUCAAUAG